CUAACAGACGGACAGACAGACACCGCAAAAUUAUAAACUCGCUAGGAGCUCGUUAAUAAGAAUCAAACACAGCUGUAAGGUACUGUCAACUAGCGGAAGCUACCAAACCAAACUUGGGGGAAUAGUUUUAAAAAGCAUAGAAGGUAAAAGUCAAAACAUACACUUCACAAGUGACAUAAAUGUUAUGAGCAUUAAAAUUUAUUGUAGGAGUUGUAGAUUAUUUCGAUUAAGUAAUCAUUCUGAACUACAGAGAAAAACAUUUUAUUCAAAGUAAGAAAUGUCACUAUUCCGUUUUCAUAAAAGUAAAAGCAUUUAUAAUGAAACGAUAGAGAACUUUAAAUGCCUCAAACGAUUAGGAUACGUAAUUGGACAGAAAAUUGGCGAAGGUGCAUACAGCAAAGUAUGUAUUGCACUUUUCACCAGGGGUGAUGUGCAAAAGAAAUUAGCGUGUAAAAUAAUAAAUAAAAAACGUGCACGCUCAGAACUUAUGAAUAAAUUUUUACCGCGUGAAAUUAGUAUUGUGUCUAUGAUCGAUCAUCCAAACAUUGUAAAUGUUUUAAACAUAUUGGAAAUUAAUAACACUUUGUACAUGUUCAUGGAUUAUUGCAAAAAUGGCGAUUUGCUCGAGUAUCUUCGAACUCAUGGUGAACUGUCACGAAAACGAACAAAACACUUUUUUAAUCAAAUGGUAGACGCUGUCCAGUACUUACAUAAUGGAAACAUCGCACACAGAGAUUUAAAAUGUGAGAAUAUCUUUUUAACUCAUAAUUACACUGUGAAGCUGGGAGACUUUGGCUUCGCAAGGAGGAGUUGCGAUGAUGAACAACAGAAUAUUUUAUCCAGCACUUAUUGUGGUUCAGCAGCAUAUGCUGCACCCGAAGUGUUACAAGGCAUACCUUACGACCCAAAAAUGUUAGAUGUUUGGUCUCUGGGUUGCAUACUAUUCAUAAUGUUAUUUGCUUCGAUGCCCUUUGACGAUUCCAAUGUAACAAAAAUGUUGAGAAGUCAACAAGAAAAAUCCGCAUAUUUCGAUGUUUGCAGAGUGUGGCGUAAUAGUUCACCGGCUUUAUGUGACUUGUUUAAUAACAUACUCGAGCCCGAUGCAGCGAAAAGAUGUAACAUUGCUGAAAUUGCUAGCUCCAAAUGGUUGCAAGAAGAACACUGUGUGCAAAUCUUACGCGAUUUAUGAUAAAAAUUGCUGAAAAUAAAAAAAAU